AUGCUUCAGAACAAGGUCCAUAAAAAGACAUUUGAUAAAAAAGCAUGGCUCGAGAAGCGUAUUAAAGAAGGAUUAUUCAGAGCAUACUCGGAAGGUGACAUAAUAGACUGUAUAGUGCUUGGCCAUGACAGAUAUGGUAUCAUAUAUAAAGGAAGAUUGAAACAUACCGGAACGCAUGUCACCGUAAAGACUCUGCUGCUAUGUCAAAAUGGUCCAAAAGACGAAAUGUACAAGAAUCUCAUCAAGGAGUGCUCUAAUAAUAUUGUUGUCCAUAAUGGCGUUGCAAAGAUAACUGACAUUGGUCUAUCUGAUAUAUUUAUACAAAUUCUAUCAACAUCAUUCCAAACAAGUGAGAGUAAAGCUUAUGUAGAUCCUGCAUUCCUUAAGAAUGAGUCAUACAAGUGUGGAAAAAAAUCAGACAUCUUCAGUCUUGGAGUGAUACUAUGGCAAAUUUCUAGUGCCCAACUCCCGUGUGAGGGCCAUGUUGAAAUAAGUAAAAUUACUCAAUAUAGAUCGAAUGGCCAACGAGAUGCUGCCUUUCCUGGAACCCCUGAACAUUAUGUCAAACUGUAUUCAGAAUGUUGGGAUGAAGAUCCUGAUAAGCGGCCUCAUUUCUCAAUAUUUAUGUAUUGA